AUGGCGGCGGGCAUGGUCAACAGCCUGCUCGAGAAACUCCACUUGACCUCGUCAGAACAACGGGCGCCGGUGCAGGAGCCCAACAAAGAGCUUGUGAAGGAACUCCGCGAAAAGUACGAGAAGGCGAAUCAAGGCCAUGUUUGGGCGUUCUAUGACGACCUUGACACUGAAGGGAAGGCCGCCCUCUUCGAUCAACUCUCUCUCUUUGAUCCCGACCGUGUAAACGUACUCGCCGACAAAGCGCUUAAUCCUCCAAAGCCAUCAGACGAAGAACCCUCCAUUGAACCGCUCCCCGAGUCUGCGACUGCAUCUUUGCUUGAUGCUCCUGAGGAACAGAAGAAUGAAUGGUACAAUACUGGCCUUGAUCUGAUUGCGAAGAACAAAGUCGCGGUGGUAUUGUUGGCAGGAGGUCAAGGGACAAGAUUGGGCAGCUCGGAUCCAAAGGGCUGUUUCGAUAUUGGUCUACCCAGCAAGAAGUCUUUGUUUCAGCUACAGGCGGAACGGAUCUGGAAAGUCCAGCAGUUAGCCAAACACCAUGCUUCAUCCGAGAUCGAUCCUGUUGUGCCGUGGUAUGUUAUGACCAGCGGCCCUACGCGAGCCCCAACAGAGAAGUUCUUCGAGGAGCACAAUUACUUCGGGUUGUCCAAGGAAAAUGUCAUCAUCUUCGAACAAGGGGUGCUUCCGUGCAUUUCCAACGAGGGGAAAAUCCUCAUGGAAAGCAAGUCCAAGGUUGCUGUGGCGCCCGAUGGCAAUGGAGGGAUCUACCAAGCGCUUUUGACGUCCGGUUCGCGCGAUGACAUGCGGAAACGGGGCAUCGAACAUGUCUAUACCUAUUGUGUUGACAACUGCCUGUCCAGAGUCGCAGACCCGGUCUUCAUUGGCCUUGCAUCAAGUCGAAACGUGGAUAUUGCAACCAAGGUUGUGCGCAAGAGAGCGGCAGAUGAACCUGUCGGCCUGAUUGUCCAGAAGAACGGGAAGCCCGAUGUAGUUGAGUACUCGGAGAUUGACAAGGAAAUGGCAGAGGCCAAGGACAGUGCCGGCCGCCUUAAGUUCAGAGCGGCAAAUAUUGUCAACCACUACUACUCUUUCAGAUUCUUCGAGACUAUCGAGGAAUGGUCGCACAAGCUACCACAUCAUGUUGCCAAAAAGAAGAUUCCCUAUAUGGAUACGGAGACAGGUGAGACGGUGAAGCCGGAGAAGCCCAACGGCAUCAAACUGGAGCAGUUCGUGUUUGACGUGUUCCCCUUUACCCCCAUGGAGAAAUUUGCCUGCCUGGAGGUGGAUCGCAAGGAAGAAUUCUCGCCGUUGAAGAACGCUCGAGGCACAGCGGAGGACAAUCCGGACACUAGCAAACGAGAUAUAAUGGAACAAGGUGCUCGAUGGUUGCGCAACGCAGGGGCCAUUGUGGUUUCCGAAGGUAACAAUGCCGGAGUCGAGGUCUCUCCACUGAUCAGCUAUGCCGGCGAGGGUCUUGACUACUUGAGAGGACGAGAGAUCAGAGCGCCGGCUGUGAUCGAGAGGAGCAAGGCGGAAGAAGAGUAA